AUGGUCUAUAGAUUAAAACCAGACACCGUGACUGAUUCAGACAGUGAUCUGGUUGGUGAUCACUGUGAUGAUAAUGAGGAUAUAGAUGAGGACGGUCAUCAGAACUCCCUCGACAACUGUCGCUACGUUGCCAAUAGCAACCAGGUUGACCAUGACAGAGAUGGCAUUGGCGACGCCUGCGACCAUGAUGAUGACAACGAUGGUAUCCCUGAUGACCGUGACAACUGCCGACUUGUGCCGAACGCUGACCAAAUAGACGCAGACAAUGAUGGUCGUGGUGAUGCUUGUAAGGAUGACUUUGAUAAUGACAGUAUACCAGAUGCACUAGAUGUUUGCUCAGAGAACAGUGGUAUUGGAGUUACAGACUUCAGGAAGUUUCAGACGGUUCUGUUGGACCCUCGGGGGACCACUCAGUCUGACCCUCUGUGGGUGGUCCGAGGACACGGAACCGAACUGCUACAGACUGCAAACUCUGACCCUGGCAUCGCCUUGGGUUUUGAUGAGUUCCGUGCGGUAGACUUCAGUGGGACAUUCUACGUGAACACAGACCGUGAUGAUGACUAUGUAGGGUUUGUGUUCUCCUUCCAGUCCAGCAGACGGUUCUACGUUGUCAUGUGGAAACAGGUCAGCCAGGCUUACUGGGAGAAGAGUCCUUCCAGGGCAUUUGGGAACGCUGGUGUCUCUCUCAAAGUGGUCAACUCAAACUCAGGCCCUGGGGAGGCCCUCCCGCAACGCCCUGUGGCACACAGGAAACACCAUACAGCAGGUAACUCAGGCCCUGGGGAGGCCCUCCGCAACGCCCUGUGGCACACAGGAAACACCAUACAGCAGGUAACUCAGGCCCUGGGGAGGCCCUCCGCAACGCCCUGUGGCACACAGGAAACACCAUACAGCAGGUUCGCACACUGUGGCACGACCCCAACAACAUGGGCUGGAAGGACUACACUGCCUACCGCUGGCACCUCAUCCACCGACCCAAGACCGGCUUCAUAAGGAUAGUGGUGUCUGAGGGCAGGUCCAUCCUAGCUGACUCUGGGCCGGUGUAUGACAGAACUCUGGCUGGAGGGAGACUCGGACUGUUUGUCUUCUCACAAGAACACAUCCUCUUCUCUGACCUCAGAUACACCUGUAGAGAUAACUGAGAUCUGUUCAUACUGAGAUAAUGCUGCACCCCUCCGUCCUCCAUCCUCCUCCAGUCCUCCCUCCACCACUCC